AUGUCAAACCCAUCAUCAUCCUAUUCCCCAAGGCUUAGAUUCAUUGACACAAAGCACAAGCCAAGCACAAUAACACCAUCACCUCUCAUCCAAAAAGAUCAAAACACACACCAAUCUGUUCUGAAACUACCACCACCUCCACCUCCAAUUAACACUCAACCACAGCUUCCAAGAGUUUUAACAAAGCCAAAGCCUCAAGCAUUGUUAGAGAAGCAAGAGAACCAAAAAUCAGUCCCAAAAUGUAAGAAGGUCAGUAAUGAAAAGUUCGGCUCAAGGCUCAAAAGGCCACCACAGACAUCAGACAUUAUCAGAAACAAGCAAGAAGAGUCUUUCAUCAUUCGCCCAACCUCACCCUCUGACAUUCAAACCACCAAAAUCAAGAAAAUUCACCCAUUUUCAACAAAUCUUCUAAAUAAUAUCAACAUUGUCCCAAAUCUUCUCCCUGUCAAGACAGUCCCUUCUCCUCCAGCCACCAAAAUUCCUCUCAAACAGUUAUCUAGUUGUUCGCGCCAGAGGUACAAACAAGAAGGAACAAGCACAUUGGCCACCCCAGAAACUAGCAACAAUGAAGACAAACUCAAUGGUGAAUCCACCACCGGAGUUGAAGAUCAUAGACCAGAAUUUGAGUACAUCACAGGAAUCCUAAACAAUGAAGGUACCAUCAACACCACAACCACAACAACAGUGUCCUUUAAUCCAUGGUUUUCUCCAACUCAUCCACUUGACCCAUCAAUCUUUCACAAGCUUGAACAACUCCCCAACAACAAAGAUUGCAUCUUUACAUCAAGAAACCAAUUGGGUCAACGUUGGAAUCGAAGGUUACUGUUUAAUUUGGUGGAUGAGGUUUUAAUUGAGAUUCUGAGGCCAAAAAGCAAUGAAAAAAGGCUUUGGCUUUUGCAUGAUGUGUAUUGCUACCAAGGGAGCAUUGAAGGGUUGAUAGAGAAGGUGUGGAAGAGGGUUGGGAAGUUUCCAUGCGCAAAGUGUGAGGUGUUGGAAGACAUUGAUGGCUUGAUUGAAGCAGAAGACAUGGAGAAAGUGAAGGUUGAAGGUGAAGAUGGGAUGGUGGAAGAAAGAGAAGGGUUGGUGGCAAAGAUUGAAUGGAACAUAUGGGACACGUUAUUGCAUGAAACAGUUAUGGUUAUCAACUGUUGUUGUUGA